GGACGAAGCACGUCGGGAUUGUUCGCAAUGAUUUCCCGAAUAGGGGAUGGGCCGACAGGCGGUGUCCGAGAAGGCUUCCUGCCUCUUAUCUCCGUUUUGUUGUUCCUUUUGCGCUGAGGGAUUGGAUUGGUAAUACACACUCAUCAUCUGCAUCGGUUAUUGAUUGGGGAUCAACAGGCACAGAAGAGCGCAUUCGUCGAGUUCGAGCUCUGUGGAAGGUCGAAGAAACGUUCUUUGGUCAAAGGGUGUUACAAGUCGCAAGGCGCAUCAACACGAGCGGCGCAAGUUCAAACGAAACACAACAACAACACCACAAGAAAAUAUCCCGGCUACCUCCGUCCCAGCAACAACAAGAGAAAAACACAACCCCAAAAUGCCGUCCAAAGCAUUCACCCCGGCCACGCUGCCCAACGGCAGCACCAUCAAGAACCGCAUCGUCAAAGCCGCGAUGGAGGAGAACCUCGCGGACGUGCCCUCCCACAACGGGCCCUCGGCCAACCUGGUCCGGCUCUACGAGACCUGGGGACGCGGCGGCUCGGGGAUCAUCCUGAGCGGGCACAUCAUGCUGGACCCGCGCAGCAUGGCCUCGGCGGGGGACAUCCUGCUGUCGGCGGACGCGCCGGUCGACGAGGAGCGGUGGCGGGACUGGAUCGCCCGCACGCAGGCCGAGGGCGGCCAGUUCUGGUUCCAGCUGAACCAUCCCGGGAGGCAGAUCCGCAAGGGUGCCGGGUUCCCCGCCUACGCGCCGAGCGCGAUCCGGGUCGACGUCGGCAAGCUUGCGAGCGGGAUGUUCGAGACGCCGGUCGCGCUCACCGAGGAGCAGAUCCUCGAGAUCAUCGAGCGCUUCGCGUGGGCGGCGAAGAAAUGCGAGGACUUCGGCGCCAGCGGCGUGCAGGUGCAUUCUGCGCACGGCUAUCUGAGCAGUCAGUUCCUGUCGCCGCGGACGAAUGUGCGCACGGACCGGUGGGGCGGGAGCAUCGAGAACCGCUCGAGGUUCCUCGUCGAGACGGUCAAGGCGAUCCGGGCGAAGGUCUCGGCGAAAUUCGGGGUCGCGGUCAAGAUCAACUCGUCGGAUUUCCAGAAGGGUGGGUUUAACCCGGAGGAUUUGAGGUAUGUGGUGGAAAAACUCAAUGGGCUGGGGCUGGAUUUCUUGGAGCUGUCCGGGGGCUCAUAUGAGAUCCCUGCGAUGAUGGGCGCGGAGGUGCCCGAUCAGGAGCACAAGAAGGCCGCCAGCACGAAAGCCCGGGAGGCGUACUUCCUCACCACGGCGGAGUCCCUGGACGGCUUGGCGGAGAUGCCGCUGUUGGUGACGGGCGGGAUCAGUCGGUUGAGCACGCUGAACACGGUGAUCGAGAGCACGGAGAAACUGCGGUUGGCGGGCGUCGGCACGGCGAUCGGGUUGGUCCCCGACCUGCCGAAUCAGUGGGCCGAGGGCAAAGAUCCGCAGCCGCACUUGACGUGCAACACGUGGUUCAUGCCGAAGAUUACGGUGCCGUUGGCUCGCAUCGCCGGCGUGCAGUGGGCGCUGCAUCAACUCGGACGAGGAUCGAAGCCCUGGCCGGGAGUCUGGCCGACGUUCUCGUUGGUCGCGUUGCAGCUGGGCGAGAUGCGCAAUAUGCCCAAGUAUUUGAAAUGGGUCAAGGCGCUGGAGGUCUCGAGCAAGACACAAUAGACGGGACGCCGAGAUGCAGGCAAUGGCAAGUUUCCUCAUGUGUAGAUAGAUUGAAGUUUUCAUUUGUGACUAGACGAGAGAUACCAUACCAAUUCAUUAAUACUCAUCACACCGA